CAAUUGUCCACAGACAUUUUUGUUGCUACUGACGCCGUGUGUGAUGCACUUUUUGUUGAAUGAAUGAGUAGAGUAACACAUCUUUCAUUAAUGUGUAUUUAUAUAGGUAGCUUUUAGACAUGAUUUCAGAACAAAAAGAAGAUGAACAGCCUGCAGGUGAAUCUGCUCCUGUGAACACGCCAGCACACUAUGAGCCUCCCCCUCUUGUACCUGUACAAGCAAAGCCUCCAAAGCUGAGGGCUAGAAAAGCUCCUGAGUUACCGGUGUUUGAGAGGAAGAACUGGCUAAUACACCUUCACUAUGUCCGCAAGGAAUAUGAAGCAUGCAAGUCAUUGAUUAAAGAACAGCUGCAUGAAACCCAUGGCAUGUGUGAGUAUGCCCUCUAUGUGCAAGCGCUGAUUUUGCGUCAAGAAGGACGGAUUCAAGAAUCGUUGGAAUGUUUUCAGACAUGUCAUUUGAUCAACUCUCAAAAUCCUGAUAAUCUGAAGCAAGUUGGUAGAUCCCUUUUUCUUUUGGGGCGUCAUAAAGCGGCAACUGAGGUGUACAAUGAAGCAUCCAGAAUCAGUGAGCGUGACUGGGAGAUCAGCCACAAUCAAGGCGUCUGCUACAUGUACCUUAAAGAAUUCAUGAAGGCCAAGGAAUGUCUGAAGCAAGCCAUUAGCUUUAACAAGCACGAUCUGUCCUAUGUGAUGCUUGCCAAGAUCUACCUGAUGGAGGGAGAUGUCCACAUGGCUAUUGAUGUCUACAAACGUGCUAUAGAAAUUUCACCCGAGAAUCCAGAGUUGUUGACAACUAUUGGUUUACUCUAUCUGCAGGUCAAUCAAAACCAAAAAGCAUUUGAAAACCUAGGAAAUGCUUUGACGUAUGACCCAUCAAAUGUCAAGGCAAUUCUAGGUGCAGGUAGCAUGAUGCAACAACAUGGUGAUUAUGAUGUCGCUCUGAAUAAAUACCGCAUAGCAGCAGUGGCCGUUCCCGAGAGUGCUGCCCUCUGGAAUAACAUCGGCAUGUGUUUCUUUGGAAGGAAGAAAUAUUUUGCGGCUGUAAGCAGUCUGAAGCGAGCUAACUACUUAUCGCCCUUUGACUGGAAGGUACUGUACAACUUGGGCCUAGUUCAUCUUAGCAUGCAUCAGUAUGCCUCUGCAUUCCACUUCAUAAGUGCCGCAAUCAACAUCCGUCAAAAACAGCCUGGCCUCUACAUGCUUCUUGCAAUUGCAUUGUCAAACCUUGAUGAUCCUGAUAAUGCUAGGCAGGCCUAUGAACAAGCAGCAGCUCUUGAUGAGCAUGAUCCAGCAGUUAAUUUGAACUUCUGUGUGUUCCUGUAUAAGCAAGGGGAUAGGAAGGCAGCAACCAAGCAGUUCUCACAUUUUGAAAGCAAGCUGAAAAGGCUGACUGAUUCUGGCAACUCUAACAUUGACUAUGAGCUUCUUGAAGUCAGUAGUAAACUUGGUCCUGCCUUGCAAGUUGGAGAAAGUCUUGUCUGGAAGAGCAAGUCUAAAGAACCAGUUUCAACACCUCAGAAAAAAGACCCAAAAAAAGAGGGCAGCAACAAGCCUUCUACUUCUGCUGAAGUCAGUGCACCUGUUCCACAAGUGUAUUCUGAUCCACCGCCACCAUACCCAGGCCCGCCAGAUGACCUGGAGAGAAUGUUAGAGAUGGCACCAGCACCCCCUACACAUGACCCAAAUGCUGCCGGAAAACAUAGACAGGAUCAUGAGCCACUUCUGGCCGAAUAAUAUCAAUCAAUAUACAGUCUGUAUUCCUUCUCACAUUCCAUUCAUUAAUUAUGUAGAGAGUAAAGCUUGGUUUCCAUACAAUUGCUACACACGGCCUUUUCACUGCAAUCUUUGCACUGCUUGACUGUCCCAGCCACAAUCGGGAAUGUUCUGUGAAUCAACUAACCAAUCAGCAUUGCCAAAGGAGUUGGCGAUAGCGUGUAGAUAUUUUUUUUGUAAAACCAGGCUUAAUAUAGAAUAGUGACUACAUGAUUUCCCUUUUUGAGGUUAAGAAACAGACACAGCACCCUUAUUAAUGAAAAUGACUGUUAAUGCCUUAAGCCUGGCACACAACUGCUGCGAUGGCCAUUGGCCGAUGCAAUCGACCUUUCCGCAAAGCCCCGCCGCUUGUAUAUUAUUGUUAAGAUUACACAAAACAAUAAAAUAAAUGUACGUAAACAUGUGCAUCUGUAGGACAUGUGCAUAUUCCUGGGGCAGAUUGCUAUAAAACAGUCUUAACUGGUAGUCUUAACUCCUCUAAUAAAGCCGGCUUUAUCACUUAGACGGUCUUACUAAAGUCAUUCCUCUAAGACCAUUGCUAUAAAACAGUCUUCCUUAAGACCGCUUUGAGUAUUGAAACGCAAACACUCCCUGGUAACAUAAGAUUGGGGGCGACAUUUGUGCUCGACGCACGCAAAUGUAUCGAAAUGAACGUAAAUAAAUGUAGACCUAUUUUUACAGAUGCUGAGAAGCGUGCGGAAUAUUAAUCAUUUGAUUCUCAGACUUUCACGAUCUAGGAAGUCUUGCCAUUGCACUGUUAAAUUAAUCAGCAGAAUGCCAUGAUGAAAAUGAUUUAAGUCCAUUUCAAGCCUCUUCCGAGUAGGCUUUAAAAUUUAAGACGGCUAACUGGUUAGACCGCGGUAUAGCAAUGGUCUAUAAUCAUAGACCAGUAGUGACAUCACGAUUAUAGCCGGCUAACAAGUUAAGACCAUCUAAAGACCGCUUAUAGCAAUCCGCCCCUGACCUUGUUCUGAUUUACACUCUGGAGAGGUCAAUUCCAUGGAGAACGUUACGUGAUGAGGUGUGCGCAGGGAAUUGUUUUCAGUGACGAUCCACUCAGUCUGUCACGUUAAGCACUGAGAGACAGCGGAGAUAGAUUCGUAAAGGAGGCAGUGUGUGUCUAGUUCUACAGAUCUGAUGUAUAUAUGGAAUUGAUGUAAAGUAACAUUUGGUAUUAUACGGUAGAUAUUUUUUUAGUAUUGUCAAAAAGGAGUCGCGAGUCAACAGUGUAUCAAUGCAUAGGCAGCACAAAAUAUCAACCAAAAAAACCACAUACACACGUUGUUGAGAUCCAAUCGCAUCCACUGUCUUGUUAUUCAGCUGGACGGCUGAAGUGCAAGUUCAAAUAUAAUCCAUUGUUGAUGGAUAGUUUACUCUCAUUAAAAUUAUUUUUUUUCGAAUGCAUAUACAAUUUAAUGUAAUGUACAUACUGUACUGCUUUAUAAUAGCAUCUUAGUAAUUGAUUUAAAAAAUGAAUAUUUAAUGUUUUAUUUAUAAAUUGCAUACAGAAUGAUGUGCUUUGUACCUUGAUAUAAAGUUGUGUAUUGCAGCGAUAAUAUUGCAAAUUAGUGUGACAUAGAUUUAAGUAUUUAAUUUGCACAAAAAAAGAUUCAAAAUCUUGAUAUAUUGUGUAAUGUUUUGUAUUAUUCCACUUUAAAUCAAGCCUUUGUAGCCUCUUUAUACCGUGCAAUUUGUAUCAAGAUCCAUUCUUGAAAUCCUCACAUGGAAUAAAAAGAUAUUUUUAGAAAUUA